AUGGCUGCCUCUCUAGCGUCUCGCUCUGGUGCCGGUGCCGUCUACUCCACCGCCUUGACAGCAGUGGCCGUCGGUCAAGAACCGUCGGCCGUCUGCUCGCAGCCUGUCCGAAAGACGCUCGGCUUUCCAGCCGUUCGCCAAUUUUCGAUUCUCGUGGAGAGCCGAGGUCUUGCGGAUAGAGGAAGCAACACACAGAGACGAAUUGCCCAGCAAUCGUCUCUGCUUCUGGCUCAAACCCGAAGGUCGUUUACAGCGCGCCAAGCCGCCUCGCUAACGUGCCGCGCCAGCAGCGGGCUUGAGGCUGUAGCGGACCCAGUUUCCGCUCACGGGGAAGCGACACCCUCCGCGCAAAGCGCGCCCGCUUCCCCCGCUGCUGACAUUCACACUGCCGCAAAUGGCGCAACUAACGGCGCGGCGUCCCUUAACGGGUCGGCUCUUAACGGGUCCGCGUUGGGAGCGGCCACUAACGGAGCUACUAAUGGCUCCGUGAACGGCUCGACAAACGGUUCGUUGAACGGCUCGGCAAAUGGCUCGGUGAACGGCUCGGCAAACGGCUCGGUGAACGGCUCGGCGAAUGGCUCGGCAAACGGCUCGUUAAACGGCUCGGCGAACGGGAACGGGAAGAGUGCGGUGGGCGUGCAGUCAUUGGAAGUGCCCCUGAACGAUAUCGACGAGGAGGUAUCCGGUGCCGCUGACGCCGCUAGCCUUGGCGUUUACACGGAGAGUGCUGGCGGAGCGGCGGCGGCGGAGGAUGCGAGCUACUACGAGCCCGCAUUCCAGCUGCUCGCAGCUUCCAAGAUGAUUCCUCACCCCGCUAAGGUGGAGAAGGGCGGGGAGGACGCGGUGCUGAUCAGCGACGUGGGCGCGGGGGUGCUUGCAGUCGCGGACGGAGUGGGCGGCUGGGCGGAGGACGGUGUGGAUCCAGCGCUCUACUCCAACGAGUUCGUGGGACACCUCAACGAAAUCAUUGAGAACGCGCAGGACCAGGACGACUUGGAGCCCAGGGAGCUGUUGAGAAAAGCCCACAGCAUGACCAAGUCUCCAGGCGCCGCCACCGCGGUGGUGGCAGUGUUUGACGGCGAGUACAGUGUGCUCAACGUGGCCUCUCUCGGCGAUGCGGGCGUGCGCGUGGUGCGGGGCAGCGAGGUGGUGCACAAGACCACACCCCAUGAGCACUUCUUCGACUGCCCCUACCAGUUCGGCUCUGAAAGCUCCGACUCUGCUGAUGACGCUGAGGUGCUGAGCUUCAGUGUGCAGGAGGGGGACACGGUGGUCAUGGCAUCAGACGGUCUAUUUGACAAUGUGUUUGACAAGGACAUCGCCUCCAUCGUCAAGGUCUUCUCCGGCCCCUCCCACGCACACGUCUCCCGUACCGCCACUGCGCUAGCAGCCCUGGCGGCAAAGCAUGCAGGCGACAAGGAGUACAUGGCCCCCUACACCCUAGAGGCGCUUGAACACGGCCGGGAUUUACCCGUGUGGCAGAAAAUGAUGGGGAAGAAGCUGUCGGGCGGCAAGCAGGAUGACAUCAGCGUGGUGGUGGCACGGGUCGUCACAUCUGAGGUGCUCGCACAGGCCAUUCUGGAGCAAGGGCAGGAGAGUGAGACGGAGGAGGAAGAGGAGGUGGAAGUGCAAGUGGAGGAGACGGCUGUAGGGCAAGCAGAGGGGGAGAAGACAGCACUGGAGAAAGCAGAGUCAGCAGCCGCAUAG